GCGGCUCCGAGGUUGGAAACUUGUGAGUAAAAGUCCCGGAGCUCCGGGGGAUGUAUAGCGGACAGUGCGGCCCGAAACCUGCGUCACCUCGGCCGACACUUAUUAAGAAUGGAGCUAUUUGAAGGCAGUCGCCCCCUUCCUAGACCCUCCUAUCUUGGCGUGGAAAUAACCUAUCCAGAAAGAGAUGCCCCACAAGAGGUAGAUGACAUCAGAACCAACUUGUCCGAGCGGUUUUCACAGCUGGCCAACGCAGAAUCGGAUGCUGAUCAGAAAAACUCAUCGGAUGCUAAGGAGCCCAUGCAGGUUUUCCUUCGUGUGAAACCUUUUACUGGACUGGAGAUUGAGCAGAAAGAGUCGCAGGAUUGUGUCAGUAUUCCCGACCCCUGCAGCGUGCUGGUGAAGGCUCCUCUGAGCUCCCAGGCUUGUCGGCUGAGUGACAGGAGCAGCAGUUCAGUGGCCCAGAAGUUCUCCUUUACUCAUGUCUUUGGUCCCGAAACAUCUCAAACUCAGUUUUUUGAGGGCACUAUAAAGAAACAAGUGAUUGAUUUUAUGAAAGGGCAGAAUCGCCUAAUUUUUACGUACGGCGUUACUAAUGCUGGCAAAACAUUUACUUUCCAAGGCUCAAAGAAUGAUGGUGGUAUUUUACCAAGAUCAAUGGAAUUGCUUUUUAAUGCAAUUGAAGGAAAAGUUUAUUCAAAAAUGGAUAUUAAGCCUCACAAAUGUAGAGAUUACAUAAGACUGACUAAAGAGCAAGUGAAAACAGAACACUCGAUUAAAAAUGGUGUCCUCCAUCAUACAAAAGAGGUGGACCCUCAUUGUAGUAUUCAGAGUAACAACAGUAGGACCUCUGCAGAUACAACAGACUUUCUCAAUGAUGACGUUGGAGGAGUGUCAAACUGUUCGCGAGUCCUCUCUGAAUUUGAAGAACGUGUAAGGGAAUCUGAAGAAUUCAAGUUCGAUGUUAAUGAUUCUGUAAAGUUCUCUGUCUGGAUUUCCUUUUGUGAAAUCUACAAUGAAUGUAUUUUUGAUCUUCUGGACCCUGUGUCAGGUGAUAAGUGUCACAAGAGAAAAACGUUAAAGCUUGCCCAGGAUUUAAAAGGAUUCAGUUUUGUAAAAGAUCUCCAGUGGGUACAGGUUUCAGAUGCUAAAGAGGCAUGCAGAAUUCUUGCUGUGGGGAAGAAGUUCCAAAGCAUUGGUUUUACGAAACUGAAUAGUUCCUCAAGUAGAAGUCAUAGUAUAUUUACUGUUCGUCUCUUAAAAAUUGAAGAUGCAGAUGUUCCUCGAGUAGUAAAAGUCAGCGAAUUGACUCUGUGUGACUUGGCUGGUUCUGAAAGAUGCACAAAAACUCAGAACGAAGGUGAAAGGCUGAAGGAAAGCGGGAACAUUAAUACAUCACUCCUGAUUCUUGGCAAAUGCAUCAAUGCACUGAAGAACAGUCAGCAGUCGAAAAUUCAGCAGCAUGUGCCCUUUCGAGAAAGCAAGCUUACCCACUAUCUGCAGAGCUUUUUCAGUGGGAAAGGGAAAGUGUGCAUGAUUGUGAACAUUAGUCAGGCUGCCUCUGCUUACGAUGAGACCCUGAAUGUGCUCAAGUUUUCAGCUGUUGCCCAAAAGGUCCUUAUAUUGGAUUCUUGUCAGGCUUUGGACAUCUUAUUACAUGGUCAAAAAAAGAGUGCCAGGGAAGUGUCCUUUAUAAUAAACAAUGCUGAUAACAAGAGUUUGUUGUCACGAAAACGUGCAACUGUGCAGUGGGAAAGCCGCUUAGAUGAUGUUCUGGAGGAUGGAAAUGAUGAGGAAUAUGAAGACUGUUUUGAUCAUGAAGAUCCUCUUGACUGCACCAAUCUAGAAGAUGAAGAUGAUUAUGAGUUAGAAGAAGAUGAAAUUGUCAUCAAGAAAGAAGCUUAUGAGAAUCUGCUAGCACUUCUGGAAGAUCUGAAAACCAAGCUAUGUAAUGAGAAGCAAGAGAAACUUCUUAUGGAACUUAGAAUAAGAGAAGAUGUAGCAAAAGAGUUCAAAGAACACUUCAUUCAGCGUGAACAUGACUUCAGUGAACGUUUGCAAAAAGAAAAAGAGCUGUUAGAGGAACGGUGUGAAGAAAGAAUGGAAAUCCUGCAGAAUUUAGUCAGAAAAUGCUCUAAUGAAGAGGAAGAUGAUGAAGAGGAUGGUACUAAGGAACCGCUCAAUAUGACAGAAACGGCCGUCCAGUGUGAUUUGGCAGUAAUCAAGAAGCAGGCCGUGGAGGCUCACCAUCAUAUUGAAACUAUCCAUGAUGAUGCAGAGAAAAUUUCUGCAUUGGAACAAAAAUUACAGCAAGUGACCAGUGACCUUUCUAAAACUCAAGAGGAGCUGCAACGGAAUUCAGCUGAUCUGGCAAGGCAGGUGAGCCAUUGCACAGGAACAAGACUUCAGCUUGAAGAGUCUGACAAGACACUAUUGUCACAGAAACAACAAAUCGAUCAACUAAUGGACAUGAUUCAGCAGAAGGACACAGCGAUUGAGAAGCUUAAAGACCUUAUAUCUCACUGGGAGGCUAAAUGUGAAGAUUAUGAGAAAACCCUAAAUUCCCUUCAAAGAGAAAUGGUAAACGUCGACAGUGACACAAGUCGGAAGCGACCACCUGAUUCCUGCCAGCCGCCCGAGGAACAGCCUCCAUCAAAGAAAGAUUUUAUUGACCCUAAUCACAAUCGCAUGAAAAGCAAUGAAAAGCAUAAAGCUGCUUUACAGAACAGAGAUGAAAGCGCCAUACUGCGUGAAUUGGAAGAUGUUAAAGCUGAGAACGAGAAUUAUAAAGCUCAAGCAGUGACGCUCACUCAGUCCGUUGUUGAAUUGGAAGAAAAGCUUGCUGAAUACCAAAAUAAGUUAAUUGCCUUGGAAUCAAAAAAUCAAAGCAUGGUCUCCGAACUGCAAAUGCAAAAAGAUCUUGCGCUCAACAUGGAAGGAACCAUUCGUGUGUUAAAGGAGGAGGUAGAUCAGAACCAGUUAAACAUUGCCAAUAAGGUUGCUCAGAUCAAAACUAUUCAGAGUAAGUUGGAUGACUUUGGCAAGACUGAUCUUAGUCAGGACUCUGGCGUGGUGGAGUUUAAUGUAACGGAUAUAAUGGAAGAGUCCAUCAAGAGGAACCCUGAGCAAAGCAAAUGUCAAGUGGAAAAAAUGACGUCUGGGCGCGAGAGUGCGUUUUAUAAUGCCAUUGAAGGUCUCUGGAAAAAAUGUCAAGAUGUUCUUCAAGAAUCCUCUAGAAAGAACAAGCAUAUGUUGCAGCUUGAUAAACAACUUGGUGACCUAAAACACGAAAUGGCCAUGCUUCAAGAUGUAAAGGAGAACAAGAGGUCUUCCCAAGACUUUCUACUCAAGGAAAAAGAGGAGCUUAUUGUCCAGCUUAGAGAACAAUUGUCAGAAGCGAGCAAGCAUUUGGAGAUCCUCAAAAAGCAAGAAAUCGACUAUAAGAAUCAGUUAUCAUCUAAUAGCCAACGUAUACAGGACCUAAGACUCCUUGUGGAUUCUUACAAAGAGAAAUCUGAAAAGCUUAACAGCUUGGAAGAAGAGGGCAAAGAAAAAUCAGUUGCUAUUGAAACACUGGAGAAAUGCUUGGCAGAACUCCAGGCAGAACACAUGAAAUGUGAAAAGAACCAGAAGAAAUUAAACGAUGAUAAGAAUGAAUUGGAACAAAAAAAUAGAGUAGCACAGGAAGAACUUACAGCUGCGGAAACUACUAAGAACAAGACAGAGAAGCAAGUCAAAGAGUCAGCCGGAGAUAUUGAACUGUUGAAGAAAGACAUUUUACAAAAAGACAACCAGUUGAAAAAAGUACAGCUAGAGCUUCAGAGAAAAGAAGAGGACUACGUAGAUUUAAAGGAGAAAUUGGCUGAUGCAAAAAAGCAAAUUCAACAGGUGGACAAAGAGAUCUCUGCAAUGCGCGAAGAACAGAAGACACUAACUAACAAAAUUAAUGAGUACGAGAAGGGGAAGAAGCAAAUGUCUUGUGAACUAGAAGUGAAACAGAGGACAAUACAACAACUUAGCAAGGAACGUGACAACGAGAAAACGGAAAACACGCGGCAGCUUUACCAGAAGGCUUGUCAAGAUGUUAAAGCAAAAGAAAAGAUAAUUGAAGACAUGAAGCUGACACUUAUCGAGCAGGAGCAGACACAGGAAGAACAAGAGCAAGCACUUGAAGCCAAAACACAAGAAGCGGAGAAAUUAGCUGAAGAGUUGGAGCUGUGGAAACAUAAGUACAGAGAGAAAAUAUUUGGUAAAGAAAAUGUUAUAGAGCCGGGCAGAGAAACAAAUAACACAGAAACGAGCAAGACUGACGUAAUCAAGCUACAGAACCAGCUAAAGGACCUUGAAGAGAAAUUCUGCAAUGACAAAAAGAAAUGGUUCGAAGAAAGAAAGACUCUUAUCACUCAGGCUAAAGAAUCUGAGAAUCAAAGGAACAAGGAGAUGAGGAAAUAUGCAGACGACCGAGAACGUUAUGGGAAGCAGCAGGCAGAAAUGGAACAACUCUCUGCUCAGCUGCUUGAGAAAGAUAAUACAUUGCAGAAGUGGCGGGAAGAACGGGACAGUCUCCUUUCUGCAUUGGAAGUGCAGUUGAAAAACCUACUUUCCAGCAAUGCAGAGAAAGAGAAAGAAAUCGAAAUCCUAAAAAGCUCUACCAGAGGAGAAACCCUUACCCCUCCAGAAUCUUCCGUUGUGAUAGAACUAAAGAGUCAACUAGCUGCAAGUGAGGCCAAGAUCAAGGAGUAUCAGGACAAACUAGCAGAGCUGGAACAUCCCCAAUCUUCAGCCGCUACUGCCACAGAGAAGGAAGACUCUGGGAUUGCAAAAACUGUGGUGAAGACACAAGGUGAGACUACAAUGCCUGGCCAAGAAGAGAAACUAUCCACUUGUGGCACUGAUGAUUCUGCAUCUGACACUCAGUCACAGGAUGGAACAGAUGCAGUGUUAGACUCCUCUAUGAUUUCUACAGAGAAUGGAAAAACCAGCAGAUUUCCAAAACCUCAGAUGGAAAUCCGUUUUAGCCCAGUGAAGCCUAACAGAAUGGAAGUAAAACAUCAUGGGGAUGACUCAGCUGUAACUGUGAAAAUAUCAAGGCCCACCAGAAAGCGGAAGAGCACAGACAUGGAGGAUGUGGUGAAAAGUGAAAAUUGGAAAAAUACAAGAACGAAUAAAAUGACACCAUCAUCCUUGGCAAGUCCUGCAACAAGUAUCUACAGCUCAAAGAAACAGACAGUGAAGAAGCAGAUAUCUACUUCAAGUACUGCCUCUACUCAGAAAAAAGAUGGGACGCUGCAGAAGCUUGGAGAAUUUCUACAAAGUUCUCCUUCCAUCUUUCAGACAAAAGCAAAAAAAUUUCUUGAGACUAUUGGAGCACCUAAGAGCACAGAUGUGAAAACUGGCAGCAAUGCUGAUGAAAAUAAGCCGAAAAGAUCACGAAGAAAAUUGUACACUACGGAAAUCUCAGCGCCACUAGACAUCCCCGCUCAUUCAAUCAUUAUGGACACUAAUGAAAAGGAAAGUGAUCAUCUUAUAAUGAAGAGACGCCUGAGGACAAGAACUGCUAAAUAAAUUCUUUAUUUGUGGUCAUGCAUCCUGUGGUACAUAGAGAAAUAUGUAUAUAGGUGUAAUCUUAAUCCGUUUUCCUGUACAAAAUUGAUUAUUUCAAAGUUAGCAAAGCUGUGCAUGUAAAUUUAUAUCUUAAGCCUUGUAUAUUUAGAACUGCACAGUAUUCAAAUGUACUUUUGUGGUACGUCCCAGUGAAAUGCCAGCCUUAUAGCCAAAGUUUUCCCACAUCUCUUCUGUUAGCUCUAAGAGAAAGUUUAAUGGCAUUAGGAACCUGCCUCUCUCCUGAUUCACGUUAUCUGCUCAUUGAGAGGUGGAGAAGAAGAGGCUUCCAGAACUUGAUCUGUCUUCUCUCUCCCCCUCUGUCUUCUCCCUCAAAGGAAAUAACCAUGGCAACCCACACUUUCGAGAACUUUGCCUCUGUUAUGCUGCAUUGUAAUAUAUGUAUAUUUAAUAUGCUGCAAGCUCUAUAUGUAUUAUGUCGAGAACACUACUUAAUAUCUCAAAAAGGUUAAUUCACGAAGUUUACUAUUUGUGUGUGCGCCAUUGUGAUCAAUUGAUAGUGAAUGAUUAGUGGAAAAGAAGAGGCCGAUAAGUGGAGAAAGGCAUUUUUCUGUAAAAAAGUUACAUUACAAAGAUUGUUUUACUCGCUUAAACUAUAGAUUUUUGCAGUUUGUUGAAAUGACACAUUCUCUAAUCCAAAUUCAAUGAUUUUUAUGUUUUAGUUUCAUGACGGCAUCUCGGAGCAACCUGUUUCUAUAGGCUCAAUAUAUUUUUUUAUAUUAAUAA